CUUUUCUUUCUUUCAAGAGAAAAAAAUAAAUAGUGAGCAGUAUGAGAUUCAGUAAAGAAGAUCUGAGAUCACGGGGCGUCAAUGCGCGUCGGUGCGUUAGUUAAAGAGAGAGAGGCGCGGUGGAGGAUCAGAGACCCUCAUUCUUCGCGUCUGAUAUUAUAGUGAAUUAUUAUGGGAAUUCAUUAAGGCUCGUUCCCGAUCCACGUGCGCGCUUUUAAACAACACUCGUGAUCCUGUUUCAUCGGCUGGCAAUAAACUUUCACUUCCCGGUUUUAAUUAUCAGCCUUUAUUCAUAAGAACAGAGCGGAUCUGGUGGAUCACAGGUUUGAGUGGCAGAAAUGAGGGAGAGGUUCGCGCUUCAUCUUCUCAUCUUCGUGUUGACGCUGUUUUGGCACACCAGGUCAGUGUCUGCAGAUGCCACAACAGAUGCCUUCAAAAACAACAUCACACUCUUCACACGCAUCCUGGACCGCCUGCUGGACGGAUAUGACAACCGGCUGAGACCCGGACUUGGAGAUCGAGUUACCACAGUGAAGACCGACAUCUAUGUCACCAGUUUUGGCCCCGUUUCAGACACCGAUAUGGAGUACACCAUCGACGUAUUCUUCAGGCAGAGCUGGAAGGAUGAACGACUGAAGUUCGAGGGACCAAUGAACAUUCUGCGUUUGAACAACCUGAUGGCCAGUAAGAUCUGGACUCCAGACACAUUCUUUCACAACGGGAAGAAAUCUGUCGCACACAACAUGACCAUGCCCAACAAACUGCUGCGUAUCCAAGAUGACGGCACCCUGCUGUACACCAUGAGGUUGACAGUGCAUGCUGAGUGUCCGAUGCAUCUUGAAGAUUUCCCCAUGGACUUCCACUCCUGUCCGCUUAAAUUUGGCAGCUAUGCUUACACAACGACAGAAGUGACGUACACCUGGACGAAGAACGCAUCCAACUCUGUGGUGGUAGAAGAAGAGAGCUCUAGACUGAACCAGUAUGACCUACUGGGACAGACUGUGGGAAAUGAAACCAUCAGAUCCAGCACUGGUGAGUACACUGUGAUGACAGCCCACUUCCAUCUGAAGAGGAAGAUCGGUUAUUUUGUGAUUCAGACGUACUUGCCGUGCAUCAUGACCGUCAUCCUCUCCCAAGUGUCCUUCUGGCUGAACCGAGAGUCUGUUCCAGCCCGAACUGUAUUUGGUGUGACCACUGUACUGACUAUGACCACUUUGAGUAUCAGCGCUCGUAACUCCCUGCCGAAAGUCGCCUACGCCACAGCCAUGGAUUGGUUCAUCGCCGUGUGUUAUGCCUUUGUCUUCUCCGCCCUGAUUGAGUUUGCUACCGUCAACUACUUCACCAAGCGCGGCUGGGCUUGGGAUGGCAAGAGCGUGGUCAAUGACAAGAAAAAGGAAAAAGCUUCAGUCAUCAAGAAGAACAACGCCUAUGCCGUUGCCGUGGCGAACUACGCCCCCAACAUCACCAAGGACACGGUCCUCCCCACCAUCGCCAAGGGGAGCGUAGCCGAACCAGGAAAGACAAAAGCCGACGGGAAACCAGCCGAGGCGAAGAAAACCUUCAACAGCGUGAGUAAAAUCGACCGCAUGUCCCGUAUCAUGUUCCCAGUUCUCUUCGGGACAUUCAACCUGGUUUACUGGGCGACGUAUUUGAACAGAGAACCCGUGAUCAAAGACAUGGUGCCCUCUUAUUAGACGCCGUCCAGGGUUGCGAUGGGUUCCACUAAGCAGGACUAAAGACUCGGCCAAAACCACCCAGGGACUCUGAAUAUAAUCACGCUCCGACGCUCUUUCCCAUCUGCUCCAGACAGACAUGUCGUGGAUUGUUGCAAGAUGCCUUUCUAUCUCUCUCUAUCUCUCGUCGCUCUUUUCUACAGCUUUUUCAGCAGUGCUUUUAAAAUGACAUUUGCCUUUGUACAUAUGUACGUAGUGAAAAUGAUGUGUUACGUUUGGUUUGACGUGUUUUGCCCUGUGAGAAUCUGACUGUGGACCUCUCUCUGUGAUAUAGAUUAGCAAAUUAUAGUGAUUUAUUUAUUUAUUUAUUCAUUUGGUUACACUUUAUUUUCGAUAGUCCACUUCAAACAUUCCACUAACUGCAAGUAAGUUUGCAGCUACAUAUAAACUAGCUCUCAUUAGAGUAUUAGUAGACUGUUUGGUUAUGGUUUGUAGAAUAAGUUGAUAUGUAUUUACAAAGUUAGUCAGUUAGAAAAAUGUCUGUUUUAGGAGAAUCAAAAUAAAGUAUUAUUAAGCAGACAGUCUACUAAUACUCUAAUGAGAGUUAGUUGACAUGUAGGUGCAGUGUUACUUACAGUGGUGGUCAGAAUUAUUGGCACCCUUGGUAAAUAUGAUCAAAGAUGACUAUAAAAAUAAAU